AUGGUUCUAGCGGGACCCGAUGCGAUGGGAGCCCCCACGAAAGAUUUAUCGUGGUUGUCGGCCAAUGUCGUCUUUGCAAACUCUAGGAUUCAACCCAUUUUCAAGUCCACUUCAUUACCAUCCGCUGUUAUUUGGGCUAAGGAAAUACUACUACUGAGGACGGCCUUUAAUUUCCAAAAUCGAUUAUCCAGGGGCGUUAUCAAGGGAAAUGAUGGUGGGGAUUCGCCAUUUUGGUGGUAUAACCCGUCUUUAAGAUGUCAAAAGCACGUUUGUAUUCGCACUGAAUUCGCCUUCAGGCGUUGGAUGAUGCCAAUGAUCAAACAAUCUCAUAUACUCUAUCGCCCUUGCUGCCCCUCCCCAACUCGUGAUUUCCAUUCCCUGCAAAUAUCCCAACCAUAUUUGCUCGGCUCAUGGCUGGCAUUUAAUUGGAACCAAUUCUUGUCGCCUAAAAACCCUGAUAUCCAGUUGCGCAGCCGGAACCCUGAUCAACGACAAGGAAGCUACCGAAUCCGCUUUCAAAUGGAAAUAGUUGGAAUACAUUUCUCCUCGCUAAGCUGUGAUCCCAAUACCACUAUUCUUUUACGACUUGAAACUUCUGUCAAAGACACGCCAAAAUGGCCAGCCUAG